AUGAACUGUCGUCGGUUUGCACUUCUCUGCUUGCUGCCAGCUUGGGUACUUGGAGACGAGAAGAACGUCAGAACGCGGGAUCUUGGAGCGCUAAACCCUGUGUCGUACGCUCAGUCCAAUGGAACAGCCACACCCACAAAGCUCAGGCUCCCCCUCGUUUCGGGAGACCGCGAUCUUCAAGUAGUGAGCGUGGCCACCUCUGGCAAAAUCCAAUAUCCUGCCUCGUGGCGGUCCACCAACUAUCUCCAAAUCCUGGAUCACGAUGGAUGGGCCCAGCGAACCGAUGAUGAAUCGAUAGCAACAAGAUUCGAGAAAUAUGAUUAUAAUGGUGAUACAUAUUACAAAGUAACGAGUGGAGACUGGGGUGGAUACUGGCUCUCUUACAACAACGAUGGCUACCUUGCGGCAUAUAGGUGGACGGAUGCUCGUGCAUGGACAACGCGUGAGGGUUGCCUGACAGUGGAUGGCACGGCCUGGGAAACAUUCCUUCACAACAACUACUUCUGGGUUGACAACGUCAACAGUGAUCCCCAUCCAGACCAACACAUUUACUGUUAUCUUGCCCAUCUAGUCAAGUAUUGGGGUUACGACAGCAUUUGUCUCACAUUGAAUUGA